GGGCGCGCAGAGCGGGGGCGCGCUGGGUGGCGCGGAGGCUCGGGACCGGGGGCGGGCUCGCGGUUUGCAAAACGCCUGCUCCGGAGUUGGCUGAGUUGACGCGGCGGCGCGAUGUUAUUCUACGGCCCUUUGGCCUUUGCAGCCACUCCUAGAAAAUUCCCGCGGUCUGGGAAGUCGGGGCAGGAUCGCUAGGACACGGCAAAGCUCCUUGAUGCGUUGUGAGACAAAACACGUUUGGACCUGUGGGUGGUGAAAGCUGCCACUGCACAGAACAGAAACGCAUUCAGAGGGGGCUCUGCAGUAACCCCAGAUACGCUUUCUAAUACAGGACAGGACCCCCUCGGACUCCCUGCUUCCCCGGCGUGCCCCAGGAGGGUUUGGCAUAGUGGAGGAGGAGGAGGGAGAGAGCUAACACUGAGGAAAACUGUUCCCGGGGGUGAGCCAUAUGUACAGCCAGAGUGAAAGGAAAUAUUUCCACCGUCAUUGAAAAUCGCGUCAGGGGGUAACCAGAGCUUCACGCCCCCUGUUGUGCUGAAUGCUGCCCAGAAAGUACCAUGCGUGUUGUCUGGGAAGGGCUUUCAGCCACUGAGCCAGGCACCCACCCCCUUUCUGAGAUGGGUACCUGCCACUUCCCGCAUCCUCUUGGUAAGGGAUGGUGGCCACUGCACGUUGUCCGAGUAAUCUGAAGCCUGGGAGCACUUUGUUUCUUACCUGAAUUGCACCCCUAUAAGGAAUUUUUAAUUUAUGCAAAUAAAUUUUGACCUUUCGAAUGGGUAAAGUGAGAGAAGCCUUGAUGACCCUUGGACUCAGGGACUGUUAAAGCUACAUUGUUUUUAAGCAACCGCUUUAAUUUUUUCAUUAGGGAAAAUGAGCUUGAUGUGGGCAGAAUUCAGCUGAGCUGCACAGUGCUGUGGAGGAUCUGGGAACCUUGAGAUGGCACCAAAAACCAAGAAGGGAUUGAAAAGCUCCAUUGAUGAUGUCCUCGGUGACCUCCUGGGAGAUGAUAUGACACCACCCGAGAAGCCUGUUAAACAAGCUUCACAAGCCAGAGACACCACAGGUGUAUCUCAAGCACUUCCUUCAAAGGCCAGAACGAAGUCCCUCCAGGAAGAUGCUGUCUUCAGCACCAGGGCAGGCCUGGCAGGAGCUGAUGCCGAGGUUUCAGAUGUCUCAGACGCAGACCCAGAGGCUUUGCUCCAGGCCAUAAAGGACCUGGACGACAUGGAUGCCGACCUCUUCGGUCUGAAGAAGUCUAACCCGGCCCCCAGCAAAAGAGCUGCAAAGGGUCCUGGGAAAGAAGAGCUGCCCAGUGACCCCAGACCUGCUGGCAAGUUAAUAGCCAACGAGAAAGGGGAUACCAUUACCACCAAGAAGCCACCUCCCUCUCCCGGCAGCUCUCCUGAGCAUCAGUACAGGAGGUUUUCCUUUGGAGACUCGGAGGACCCGUUGGCAGGACUUCUCUCCGAUGAUGAGGAAAAAAUCGCCAAGAAGCCGCCCGUGACAGGGAGUAAGGCGGCUUCUGACAAGAGCCCUGGCACGGUCAGAGAUCAAGGUCCUUCUAUUCCUCUGACUCCUGGGGACACCCCUGUCCGAAAGAAAGAACUGUUUGAUGACGGGGAUGACAUCGUGGCCGCCCUGGGGUUUGGAGACAGCCCCAGUGCAGGAAGGAGGCAGAUGGGAGGCCAGGAAGGGCCCCGUCCUGCACGCUCCAAGCUGGACGAGCUGCUGGGGCGAGGCACUGCCACCACACUGCUGGCCUGCCCGGGCACAGGGGAGCGCAGGGAGUUCAAGCUAGACAAGAAGUACCAGAGGCCACAGGACGAAGAUGCCUGGGACGAUGAGGACUUCACCUUUGGGGCCUAUCAGCCCACCGUGGGCUCCUCCGAGGGCCGGCAGUCCCGCCGGCAGUCGGUCAGAUUCUUAGCAGAUGGUGGCCCAGAGCCCAAAGGAGAACCAGCCUCCAAACAGAGCCUUCCAGCAGCUUCCAGCCCCAUCCAGCCCAGGAAGGGAGGAGCCGACUGGUUGGGCCUCAAGGAUGACAGCUUGGACCCGCUUCCUCCCUCCCCUACCAGAGAGGCCCGAAGGGGAGGCUCAGUGCCCUCCUCACCCUCCGCACCCCCUCCUGUGAGCCAACACCCUGCCCCAGCUGGGCUGCCCUCCUCGGGGGCAAAGCCACCAGCCGAGGGUGCACGGUACUCUGCCAAAGCCAGCCAGGCUUCCAAGCCAGGAGCAUCCAAGGAGAAAGAGGAGGACUGGCUGAGCCAUGCCUUGUCUCGGAAGAAGUUGCAAGGCCUGGCCAGAGAGGAGUGCACUGAGGCCUCUGAGGGCCCAAGCGUGGUGGGAACAGCAGGCCAUCCCCCACUUGGCAGCCGGCCUGCUGCCAGCACUCAAGGGCUUAAGCAAGCAGCUGCUGGAGGGGCCUCAGGAACAACAGCGCGAGAAAUGCCGCCUGCCAGGCCUGACGUCUCGGGGUCCUCUGUGACUUGGAAACAGGCCCCCUUGGCCCUCCCUGCAGGCGUCCUACAGAUGGGAACGGCCCCUGGAGACCUCUCCAGCACAGAGCCUGCCGUUUGUGUCCCGAGCUCCCAGGAACCCACAGGGCUUCCUGUGCCUGGCCAGUCCCUGCUCCCAGAGUCCCUGGCGCGGAGCCUGCUGCCAGGCACAGAGUACCAGAAGCAGCUCCUGGCAGCACAGGCGCAGCUUCAGAGCGGCACUGCCCAGCUCCAGGCUGAGCUGCUGCAGAGCCAGGUGCAGCUGGCCGAGCUGGAGGCCCAGGUGCGGAAGCUGGAGCUGGAGCGGGCCCAGCACAAGCUGCUGCUGGAGAGUUUGCAGCAGAGACACCAGGCGGACCUGGAGCUCAUCGACAGCGCGCACAGAAGCCGCGUCAAGGUGCUGGAGACAUCGUACCAGCAGCGGGAGGAGCGACUCCGGAGAGAGAAUGAGGAGCUGUCAGCUCAGUACCUGUCGCACUGCCAGGAGGCCGAGCAGGCCCGCGCCGAGCUCACAGCCCAGCACCAGCGGCGCUUGGCAGCUGCCGAGCAGGAGAAGGAGCAGGAGAUAGAGCGGCUCCGGCAGCUGCAGCGGGCGUCCAUCCUGGACAUGCGCAAGGACCACGAGGAGCAGCUGCAGCGGCUGAAGCUGCUGAAGGACCGAGAGAUCGAUGCGGUCACCAGUGCCACCUCCCACACACGGUACGUGCACCACCCAGGCCCUGUCCACCCGAGGGCCAGGGCUAGGGGUCCCCGGGACAGCGUGACCCAGUCGUCCUCCAGGUCCCUGAAUGGCAUCAUCGACCAGAUGGAGAAGUUCUCCAGCAAACUGAACGAGCUGUCCUCUCGCGUGGAGGCCUCGCACCUCACCACCUCCCAGGAGCGGGAGCUGGGGACCCGGGAGCGAGACGAGCAGCUGCGAGGUACACCCCCAUCCCAGCCACCUGGGCCCCCUUGGCGGGAAGGUGGGUGGGCCGUGAGCGCCCUGUGGGCUGCCCCCAGCACUGCAGGGGCAGCUGGGCCGGCAGCAGCGGGACAUGGAGGAGGAGCGGAGCCGGCUCCAGGAGGUCAUCGGGAAGAUGGAGGUGCGGCUGAACGAGCAGAGCCGGGUGCUGGAGCAGCUGGAACAGACAGACUGGAACUCCCUAUGUAUUUUCCAUAUGAACGCUGGCGAGUGCGUGCCGAGCAGUCCAAGGUGGAGUCCAUGCAGCACACCCUUGAGGAGCAAAGGAAGGUCAUGGCCCAGCAGAUGGCCAUGGAGAGGGCAGAGCUGGAGCGAGCCAAGAGUGCCUUGCUGGAGGAGCAGAAGUCCGUCAUGCACAAGUGUGGGGAGGAGCGCCGGCGCCUGGCAGCCGAGUGGGCCGAGUUCUUCGCGCAGCAGCAGCUGAGUAAGGAGCGGGCUGAGCGCCAGGUGGAGCAGGCACUGCAGGUGGACACCCAGCGGGAGAGCACCCUCGUCAGCCUGGCCAAGGAGCAGGCCGAGCUCAAGAUCCGGGCCAGCGAGCUCCGGGCCAAGGAGGAGCAGCUGGCGGCCGAGAGGGAGGCCCUGGAGCGCGAGCGGCAGGAGCUGCGGCUGGAGAAGGAGAGGGUCAACGCCGCCGCCCUGCGCAUCAGGCUCCGCUCGGAGGAGGUGGAGAGCAUGAGCAAGGUGGCCUCGGAGAAGUACGAGGAGGGGGAACGGGCAUUGCGCCAGGCCCGGCAGGUGCAGGCGGAGCAGCAGGCCCGGCUGCAGGUGGUGCAGCAGCAGCAGGAGCGGCUGCGGCAACAGGAACAGCACGUGCACCAGGAGCAUCUGAGCCUAGCCCAACAGAGGCUGCAGCUGGACCGUGCACGACAGGACCUGCCCUCCAGCCUCACGGGGCUGCUCCCCAAGGCCCCAGGCCUGGCAGCCUCCAGCCUGAGUGCCCUCAUGGCUCCUGCUGCCACUCCUCAGUGCAACCAGCCACUGGCCAGCCCGGGCCCAGGAACCUCAAACCUCCAUGCCAAACUGGUGCUGCUGAAGCACACGGCCGAGCAGGACCGAGACUUCUUGGAGAAUGAGCAUUUCUUCCUGGAGACCCUGAAGAAAGCAUCCUACAAUGUGACAUCCCAUUGAGCCUGAGAGGGGCCCCAGCUGUCUCAGCGGAGGACUCUGACCCUGACUCUCUCACACCACCCUCUGGCUACCAGCUCGGUGGAGGUGGUGCCUGGAGCCUGAUUAUAGCCCUUCCUGUGGACAGCGUGCAAGUGUGUCCUUUCUAAGUGCCACAGCCAUGCCUCUGGGGCUCCGAGCUGCCAAGACUGUAGCACCACGGCUUUGGCUCUCCCCCACAGCCAUCCAGCUCAGAUCUGAGGGUCUUAGCUCCAACUGGUCUCUGUGGGACACCCCUACCCACCCCCUGCAGGCAGAUGGUUGUGGGAUCUUUUUGCCUGGGCCUCUUCUGAGGAAGGGGCUUCUCUCAAGGGAUGCCACGAGCAGCCUCCCUCACUCACUGCCUGACAGGUCCCCUCCCUACUGGAGACCUGGAGAAGGGCCUCCUGGCCUCCAGAAUCGAGGAAGGGUGGCAGCAGGGAGAGCACCCAGCCAGAUGCUACCUCACAGUUUGAUGAGCUCCUGGAACUCAGCCAGCCCCUCUUCUCUGGUGUGCAGGAAGCUCCUGCCCCAUUCCCAGCACUGCCCUUAAGACCAACUAGACCAACUAGUGUGGACACUGGCCUCCUCUUCCUCCCUCAUCUAGGUGCCCCACCAGUGGCACGGGAGGGAGCUGUGGACGAGAGGGGUGUGGGAGGGACAAGGAGAGAAGGCUCCUCCCUGUGCUGUUCACCUGCCCAAAGCUACAGCCCAGUGGGAGUGAAGAGGGAAGGAGCGAGAGCCUCCCUCAGAGGGGAGGGCGCUGGUGCUGGGGAGACGCACAAGCUGUACAGCCAGCUGCUGCCACCUCCCUGUGCCUCUGCCCAGCGUGCCUCUGCUGUCCUCUACCUGCGGGGGCUGCCCAGGCUGCUGGAGGGUGCCUGGAGAAUGGUGGAAGGGUUGGGAAUCGCCCCCUGCAGACCCAAGGACAACUAAUAAAAUCACUAUUACUUCCAAAGCA